AUGUCACCACGAAUCACACGCGCAAACUCAAGAAAUGCAUUGCUGAACGAAAAAGCCCCUGCAGGGCCAUAUUUUCUCAGAUCCAGGGUCCCAUUAGGAAAUGCAUCUAAUCUGACUGGGCCUAAUAAAGGUGCAGAUAUACCAAAGAAAGGAAGGACUGCAGGUCUGAAAAAGGACAAUGCAGCACCCAAAGCUCAUCCAGCAGAGAAGGAUAAGAAUACCUCUGUGCAGUGUGAAACGGUCAAGCAUUUGGUUACACACACACCUGAGAUAGAGACUGUUUCUUUGGACUCAGUGGAACCUCAAAAGCAGGGUAGUGCUCCUCAAGCUUUCUCCAGCUUGUUGCUCGACAUCCAAGAUGUAGACUCUGCAGAUGCUGUUGAUGCUCAAAUGUGCAGUGAAUAUGUGCAAGAUAUCUACAGUUAUCUGCGACAGCUCGAGGCUACCAUGGCCAUCAGACCAUGUUACUUGGAGGGCCAAGAGGUGACCGGUGUGAUGCGUGCUGUUGCCAUCGACUGGCUCAUGCAGGUGCAGAGAGAGUUCAAGCUGCGACAGGAGACCUUGUUUAUGACUGUCAACAUUAUUGACAGUUUCCUGCAGAAUAACCCAUUGCCCAAGAAGCAUUUGCAGUUGGUCUGUGUGACUGCAAUGUUGAUUGCUUCCAAGUAUGAAGAGAUCUACCCACCCACAGUGGGAGACUUUGCAUUUGUGACGGACAGUGCUUACACCGGUGGAGACAUAUGCAGAAUGGAGAGAAUCAUUCUAAAGAAGUUAGAUUAUAGCCUUGGAAGACCAGUUCCUGUUCACUUUCUCCAGAGGGCUUGCAAGGUUGGCCAAGCUAGUGAGAAGGAGUAUGAGCUAGCCACAUUCCUUAUGGAGCUUGCUGUGCUGGAUUAUGAGAUGGUUCAUGUAACUCCCUCCUGCAUUGCGGCCGCUGCAUUUGCAUCUUCUCACAGGAUUCUUGGCUCUGGGGAGUGGAGCCCCAUGCUGCAGCAUUACACAGGGUAUGAGGAGGAAACUUUAGCUCCUGUGAUGCAGGGUAUUGUACGCAUGCUUGAAAAAGUUACUGAAGGAUGCAAGUUACAGGAAAUGAAGCGAAAGUAUACAAAAGUGUCUUCAAGUGUCUGCAGAGCUGGUUCCAAGGACUUCUCUAGUGAAUAUGUGGCAAAACUCUUGCACUAA